AUGGGUAUAGUAGGGAUUUUGGAGUACAUUUGCGAGGUGAUGAGCAAUGGCAGUCAUAAGCAUAACAGGAUUAGGAAGAUGAAGCAAUUUCAGACAGUCAAUCUCAAAGUCAGAAUGGAUUGUGAUGGCUGCGAACUCAAAGUCAAGAAAGCCCUGUCCUCCUUACGUGGAGUGAAAUAUGUGGAGAUUAACAGAAAACAGCAGAAGGUGACGGUGAGGGGAUACGUGGAGGCGAGAAAGGUUGUGAAGAGGGCCAAGUCGACGGGGAAGAAGGCUGAGAUAUGGCCGUAUGUGCCCUACAAUAUGGUGGCUCAGCCGUUUGCUCCGGCUGCCUAUGACAAGAAGGCGCCGCCGGGGUUCGUCAGAAGAGUUGAUCAUUUUCAGGGACAAAGAUUUGAUGAUGAUCAGGAAUCCUAUGUUGCUAUGUUUAGUGAUGACAACCCAAAUGCCUGUUCGAUUAUGUAAUGAAUUUGGCGUUUAGGUAUUA